AUGUCCUCCAAACUAAGAAUAUUGGUGCCCGUCAAGAGGGUGAUAGACUACGCCAUAAAACCAAGAAUCAACAAAGCGCAAACGGGAGUAGAGACCAAGGGAGUCAAGUUCAGCAUAAACCCAUUCUGCGAUAUCGCCUUGGAAGAAUCCAUCCGGUUAAAAGAGAAAACACCCGAGCUAGUUGAGUCGAUCCAUGCCGUAUCCAUCGGUCCCGCCAAGGCCCAGGAUGUGUUGCGCACUGCGUUAGCUAAAGGUGCCGACACGUCGACCUUGAUCGAUGUGGGCGAGGAGGAAGUCGAGCCGUUGCAAGUAGCUAAGCUCCUCCACAAGAUGGUCGAGAAGCAGGGCUCGAACUUGGUGGUGUUGGGCAAGCAGGCCAUCGAUGACGACUCGAACCAGACGGGGCAAAUGUUGGCUGGUUUGCUCGACUGGCCCCAGGCUACCAACGCGUCGAAAGUUGAGAUCAAGGACGAUGAAGUUUUCGUGACGAGAGAAAUCGACGGCGGCGCCGAUGUGUUGAAGGCGCAAUUGCCCAUGGUCAUCACCGUGGAUUUGAGAUUGAACGAGCCGCGCUAUGCUAGUUUGCAGAAUAUAAUGAAGGCGAAGAAGAAGCCGUUGGAGAAGUUGAAGUUGGCGGACUUGGGCGUCGGCUCAAUUGAUAACCGGUUAGAGGUUUUGAAAGUUGAGGAGCCGCCAACUAGACACGCUGGUAUUAAAGUUGAGAAUGUCGAUGAGUUGAUUGCCAAGUUGAAGGAAUUGAAAGUCAUUUGA